AUGUCUGCGCUUUCCCUAGAGGAAACCAAUGAGGACAUCGUCACAUUACAAAUUCUCGAGGCGGCUGCUCAGGCUAGCUCACAUGACGACGUGGCGAGGUCCGACGCGUUAGUGAUCCAGGUCCUCUUGUUGGACGAUACCGGCAUGAACCAGGAGGCUGAUCUAUCACAGUCUCUUCAUUAUUUAGGCCACAACCCUGUCCUCGUUCUUCAACAUUUGGAUGAGAGACGGGUCGUGAGAUCACUGAUCGCCAACCACACACGUAGGGAAGCUCUCGUCGAAAGGUCGAAAGGUCGAAAGGGCCGUUUCCAGCUCCUCUCAGGGUAUCUCACAUUUUGA